AAAUACUAUAAUAAAUUGCAAUGGCCUUAAGUUAACAACAAACAUUUAUUUAGCUUAAUUUAAUACUUGCCACAAAAAAAGUGUGAUUAUUUUUUACUUAAAAUGGAAAAAGAAAAUUAUAAUAAUUACACAGACAACAACGCUACAAAACAAGAUGGUAAAGAUGAUGAUGACAGAGAUGAAAGUGAAUCCCCAAUAACAUUGGCAGCAGCAACAAUGGCCAAUAAUCAGGAAGACGUUGAAAAGGAAAUGGCAAAAGAAAGAGAAGAUGACAAUGAAAUAAAUGUUGUUGUUGAUGAUGAUGCUGACAAUUUGUCAACAACAAACAAUAAUGUAAACAAACCAACAGCUGACAAUGAACCUGACGAAGAAGAAGAAAUAAACAAUUUACUAGCUAAGGUGCCGGCUAGCUCUUCAACUGAACAACAAAAUAUACAAAGUACCAGCGCAAACGAAAUGGAGGAAGAUGAAGAGUCAAGUUUAAUGGAGACCACUUUUGAACGUCCCUACACCGCCACUUUGGCACCCCUCGACAUGGAACUUAUAGAGAGACUUAAUAGAGAAAGAGAAUCGAAACGCCGUUCAAGCAGCUCAGCUGGCAAAAGAAGAGACAAUCGCUCUUCUUGGGCUCGCCAAAGUGUAGAUAGUACGAAAAUAGUUGCCACCAUGUUAAUGGAACGUGAACGUUUAAACUCAGAUGCCGGUCGUCGUGCUCAACAACUAAACGAAUUUCAAACCAUAGUUGGUGAUCGUACUCCAGCUGAUCAUGAUUCACAAAAGCCACCAUUGAUGUCAAUGACAAAUGCCAAUACAGCUGAGAGUUUUUAUGUAGACAGUACAACAUCUACAUUACUUUUACAAUCAGAGGGGGGCGAUACGUCACAAUCUGCUCAAAACGCAAAUAUACACAAUUUUACAAAACACAAUCAUUACACUAAUAACAUCAACAACAACCACACUAGAAAUCCUGCCACAACAUCAUCGACUUCGCUACAAAUGACGAAACUAGCACCAUUUGAAGAUCCACCCGAAAUUGAACUGAGUGCUCCAAAUGAUUAUAUUGAAAAACAUGAACGAAAUCCCUCAUUAUUCUUUGACGAUGGCAUACGAUCAAUUGAUUUUGUUUUGGUUUAUAAAGUUAAUCUGCAGCAACAAGUGAUUGAGGAAGAUCAUGUCGAAAAGCGUAGAGUAUUUGAGGCAAAUUUGGAGGCAGAGGGUUUGGAAAUUGAGAGGGUGUUCAAGGAGAAGGAACAUAUAUAUUUUGUUAAGAUACAUGCCACCUUGGAGGUAUUGAGGCGUUAUGCUGAAAUUUUAAAACUGCGUAUGCCCAUGAAGGAGUUAAAGUGCAACAUGAAUAAUUUAUCAAAUUCUAGUCGUCUACGUAAUAUAGUAAAUAAUGUCUCCAGAAAGAUACCCGGCAUGUCAGUAGUGAACCGCUCUACCCGCAGUGUAUUUUCUAGUCUUAAAGGUAUUUUCACAUUUUUCAUGAAACAUAUUUAUGUGGAUGAACGUCAUUUUCCACGGCGCACACAGCGUUUUACUGCCAUCUAUAGUCGUGAUAAGGAAUAUUUAUUUGAUAUACGCCAUGAUAACUUUUUUACACCUGCUGUUCGUUCUCGCAUUGUGCAAUUCAUAUUGGAUAGACAACGUUUUACACCGAAAGAUAAAGAUGAAAUGGCAUUUGGCAUAGAACGUUUAAUAGCCUACAAUGUAUAUUGUGCGGCCUAUCCUUUACAUGAUGGUGAGAUCUAUGAAAAGCAUACCAUGCGCCAUUCUUUAAGUACCAAUUGGGCUUCCAUUAGCAAAUGGUAUCGUUAUCAGCCGCUGGAUUAUGUCAAAGAAUAUUUUGGGGUAAAAAUUGGUUUAUAUUUUGCCUGGCUGGGGUUUUACACAUACAUGUUGAUGUUGGCCGCCGUAGUGGGUGUAAUAUGUUUUAUAUACUCCUUGAUUACUUUAAAGGAUUAUGUACCUGUCCAAGAAGUUUGUUCCGAAACUUCUAAAACCAAUAUUACCAUGUGUCCUUUGUGUAAUUGGUGUAACUUUUGGGACCUGAGAGAGACCUGUUUUUAUGCAAAAAUUUCCUAUUUAAUUGACAAUCCUAGUACGCUGUUUUUCACUGUCUUCAUGUCCUUUUGGGCCACACUCUUCCUGGAGCUUUGGAAACGUUAUUCGGCCGAAAUAACUCACCGUUGGGAUUUGACGGGUUUCGAUGUACACGAAGAACAUCCUAGGCCUCAAUAUUUGGCACGUUUACAACAUUUACCCAACACUCGCACGGACUAUGUGACAAAUAUUAAAGAACCCACAGUGCCAUUUUGGCGUAUGAAAUUCCCUGCGGCUGUGUUUAGUUUCUCGGUAGUUUUACUGCUAAUAGCCUUGGCUUUUGUGGCUCUGGUGGGUGUUGUCAUAUAUCGCAUGUCUAUGUUGGCUACUUUGAAAGUUGGCUCAACGCCCAUGACUACCUCAAAAGCUAUAAUGUUGGCCACUGCCUCGGCGGCCUUUGUUAAUUUAUGUUUCCUUUAUGUACUUAAUUAUUUAUACAAUCAUUUAGCCGAAUAUCUUACCGAAAAGGAAAUGUGGCGUACUCAAACUCAAUUUGACGAUUCAUUGACAUUGAAGAUCUAUCUGUUGCAAUUUGUUAACUAUUAUGCUUCCAUAUUUUAUAUAGCCUUUUUUAAGGGAAAAUUUGUAGGACAUCCAGCGGAUUAUCAUUUAAUAUUCGAUUAUAGGCAAGAGGAGUGUUCCUCUGGAGGCUGUUUAACCGAACUGUGCAUCCAGCUAGCCAUUAUAAUGAUUGGCAAACAGGCCUUCAAUUCCAUCUUAGAAGUUGUAAUGCCGAAAAUAUGGCGAAAAAUCAUGGCCAUAAAAGUGGGUCUCACUAAAUGUUUUUCCCCCAAAGAACAUGAUCAUCAUAAAGAUACCGAAAGAUGGUGGAGGGAUUUAAAAUUACUAGACUGGGGGCCAAGAUCACUAUUUCCCGAAUAUUUAGAAAUGGUUUUACAAUAUGGUUUUGUAACCAUUUUUGUGGCCGCCUUUCCUCUAGCACCCUUUUUUGCUUUGCUAAACAAUAUUCUGGAAAUGCGUUUGGAUGCCAAUAAACUCUUAACCCACCACAGAAGGCCGGUGUCGCAGCGAGUUAGAGAUAUAGGCGUCUGGUAUCGCAUAUUGGAUUGUAUAGGCAAACUAAGUGUCAUAACAAAUGGUUUUAUUAUAGCCUUUACCUCGGAUAUGAUACCUAGAUGGGUUUAUCGUGGCCUACAAUCCGAAGAUGGUUCAUUAAAUGGUUAUCUAAACUUUACUUUAUCAGAAUUUCGUACAUUUGAUUCACCUAAUAUGACUAGUUUAGCUAUUAAAUACAAUGUCUCCACUUGCAAAUAUGCAGAUUUUCGUGAACCACCUACCUCAGUGCAUAAAUAUUAUUUAAGUAGUACAUUUUAUAUAAUCUUGGCUUGUCGUUUAGGUUUUGUUGUGGUAUUUGAGAAUUUUGUAGCGUUGGUCAUGAUACUGGUGAGAUGGUGCAUACCCGAUAUGAGCGUGGAACUAAGAGAUCAAAUACGGCGAGAAGUCUAUAUAACAAAUGAAAUUAUUAUCGAACAAGAGGCCAGGAGAGCAAGAUUUGAACGCGCUAAACGUAGUUCUUCGAUGCGUUUACAAGAUUCCGAGUCCAAUACACCCGAUGCAAAUGACAGAUUUAUAAGAAUAGAACAAUUAUUGUGUAAUGAAUUGUCCCAGUCUCAAAUGGACUUGAUAAUACAUGGUGAUAAUGCCGAUACCGGCAUUCAAGGCGAAACGUGCUAAAGCUUUAUUUGUUAUAUACCCAUCCUUUAAUUUAAGCUCUAAAGACUUGUUUUAGUUACUCUUAAGCAUAAGAACAUUGAACAUCAUUAGAAAA